AGUCCUUGACUUCUCCGUAACCUUUUCCAGCCAGAUCAUCAUCAUCAUCAAUCUCUCCUACUUUCCAAAAUUUCCCUGAACUUAUGGAUGAAAGCUGGAGUGAGGGGAAAAGGAGAAUGAAUUAUAAGGAGGAAGAAGAUGAUGAUUAUGAGGAGGAGGAAGAGGAGGAGGGAAGUGAGUACGGAGAGGACGGUAGGAAGAAGAGGGUGGUCACUAACAAGAGAGGCUCCAAAGCUGGAGGCUCAAUGCCACCUUCAUGUCAAGUUGAUGGUUGUAAUGCUGAUCUCAGUGAUGCCAAGCCCUACCACAGGCGUCACAAGGUUUGUGAGUACCAUGCCAAGGCUCCUGCAGUUCUCAUUGCAGAGCAGCAUCAACGGUUUUGCCAACAAUGCAGUAGGUUUCAUGAGCUAUCAGAAUUUGAUGAAUCAAAAAGGAGUUGUAGAAGGCGUUUGGCCGGACAUAACGAGAGGCGUCGCAAAAAUGCAUCUGAAUAUGGGCAUUGAUGAAUUGGAGAAGAAAGAGUAUUGAUGCAAGAUAGUAUAACAAUAACAACAACAAAAGUGCCGUUUGCCAUUAGGUGUGCAAGAGAAGGCAAAGCAAGCAAGAACAAAUAAUUUAAAUAAUGUCUCCCAUGUUGUUGGCUCUGAGAAAGCUCUCUAUCUUCUAUCAAUUUUUUUCCUGUAUGUAUAUCAUAUGCUAAAAUUGCUGUGCUUGUUAUGUCCAUGAGAAUAUUAUAAAAUAUCUUUUUGAAAUA